UCAACAUGAAGUGCAUUAAACAUUACAUUAAGUCAAGGUUUCCCUGGGGUUCCUGAAGGAACUGCAGGGGGUUCGUGAGUUUAUUGAAGCUAUAACUGAAUCAUAAAAAUGUAAAAUUAAAUUAGGGCCUAAAAAAUGUAAAAAUAACCUCAAAAUAAAGACGAACACUGCAAUAACUUACAGUAGGCUAGUUUAUGUUUAAGUCAUCCGAGGUAAUUUUCACUCAAAUCGAUAUGAAACAAGAGACAUUAAAAACAAGUGCCAUUUAAAAUGUUAUAUUCAUCAGACCAAAUGUAGCCUAAUUUAAAACCUUAUUUUGCUCAUUUUCAAACGGUCUUUAAAGUUCAUUCUGAACCUGUUAAGUUUUUAAAAAAUCAAAAGCCCGAGCUUUACCUCUGUAAAAUGAGUUUAGGCUAAUGCCCUUUAAUUUAAAAUUCACCCUUUAUUGUUUCAAUUUAUUUUUUAUAGCUGUUAUUUUUCUAUUUGUGCUUGCACAAUGGUAAAAUUGUGAAAUAUUUCAAGAACUUGUUGCUGAAUGGCGCUAUUGACCAAUCAGAAUUUAGUAGCCUAAUUCAGAUCGAGUGUAAUAGUCUUGAUUAGUGUUGAUUUCUGCAUUUACUAAUGCAUUUUAAUAUAUACUAUGUAAACGAUAGUAUAUUUAACUUAUAUUAACCUACAUAAAUAAAUGCUGAAAAAGUUGUUCAUUGUUAGUUCAUGGUGGCCAUUUUUGGCCUACUUUAAAAAAAAAUGAAAAGCAAUGCUAUAUGACAACUAGUAUUUUAAAUUACCAGAGAAACCAUAGAAUUUAAAACAGCCCAACAGGCCAUCAUUUCUGAUAGCCUACACCACCUGUUUAGUUUAGCAAGGCGUUUGUUUACCUUACACUGCUAAGGUGGUUAACCAUUACCUAUUUUGCCCUGUUUUCUUAUGGAUCCGUGAUACGAACAGGACAUUACAGUCUGAAACACAGAAUGAAGAAGUGUUGUCUGAGAUGAGUUCCUUCAUGACCUCCUUUCAUUGAAAACAGCUUUGGCUAUUUUUACCAUGACGGAGUGGAGCACACCACACUUGAAAGUCAUUCUUAUCGGAAACUCUGGAGUGGGAAAGUCUUCAUUUAUGAGCCGGUUUGUCCACCAUCGCUUUACUAACUUGUAUCGUGCCACAAUCGGGGUAGAUUUCCUUACUAAAGAAAUCACUAUUGAUAAAAGAUCAGUGAUUCUUCAGAUCUGGGACACUGCAGGAACAGAAAGGUUUCACUCUCUGGGUACCACACUGUAUCGUGGAGCUCACUGCUGCCUUCUAGUGUUUGACGUUACCUCGUCCGUCUCCUUUGAUGCACUAGACAUCUGGAAGAAAGAGUUCCUGGUGCAGGCAUGUCCCUCUGACCCCUCUGCAUUCCCUUUCAUAGUGCUUGGCAAUAAAAUUGACUUGGAUUAUCGUGAGGCUUUGAUUGACAGGUGUCCCCAAGCAAAGCCCAGCAAUGGUGCAGUGAAAUUGGAGCUGAAUAUUUUGAAUGUAGUGCCAAGGAAGACAUUGGCGUGGACACAACUUUUCACAGUGCGACACGAGCAGCCCUGCAGUAUCUCAAAAGACACCAUGUGGAAAAUGGAGAAGACAUCCAGAUUACACAGAAACAACAGGAGAAGCAGCCAAAUAAAAAAUGCUAUUGUUGAAGCAAAGAAAAAAACUGCUGUGCUACUCUUCAGUGUUAAGGCCCGUUCACACCAAGGAGGAUAAUUAUGAUAACUGUAACAAUAAAUAUUCUAGUUCUGAGAAAAAUGAAGUCCACAACUGCUAUUAGAAUAACUACACAGAAGAACAACAUCUUUGGAAUCACUUUCAAAACAGUUUUUUUCCCAGGUGAUGAAUGCUAAAAAUAUGGAGUCGAUCAGAAUCCACCUAACUUUUAAGAGCUUGAUUAUUUAAAGUAGCAGGCGACAACUGCAGUGCGUGAUUAUAAUAAACAGAAUGUUGUCCAUUGGUUUGGAUGUUAAUAUAGUUAUUGUUUUCACUGUGAAUGAAAGUGUUUUUUUUUGUUUUGUUUUUUAAACUAGGUGCAAAUGCACACCAUUUUAAAACACACUUGAUGGAAAUACAAGGCAAAAUGA